UUCACGUUAUAAUCCGAUCCACAACAUCACGAUUCAAUAUUUCAAAACCCCAUGUGUAGAUCCACUUAAUUCUCAUUCAAUUCAGUGACAAAUCAAUGCAAUCAUUCAAAUUCGGCAUUUCAAAACCCUAAUCUUUUUUACAAACAUGCAGACCACUGUUUCACAACCAGAAGCCAUAACAGAUUGGCUACAAAAAGAAAUGAAUUACAGACCUUUAGGUCCACACAUUACACACAGUAUAACAUCAAUACCUUCACCAGAUUCAAUCCGUAGGGUUUGUAGAGGAAACAUGAUUCCUAUAUUUGAGUUUUUAUUAACCCGAGUUAAAUCCGAGAAAACGGUUGAGAAUAUUCGACGUAACAUCCUCGUGCAUGGAACUGGAGACAAUGCAGGUGGUGGUACGGAGGGUGUUAAAGGUGGCAGAGACCGGAGAGUGAGCCGAGGGGGGAGGAAGAAGGAGAAAGUGAAUUUGUUGGAGAAUAAUGAUAAUAGGGAGGAAGCUUUGCAGGAAAGGGAAUUGGCUGAGAAGGAAGUGAAGAGGCUGAGGUGCGUUGUGAGACGUAAACGGAAGGAGUUGAAUGAGAAGAUGGUGGAGGUUUCGCGUGAAGAGGCUGAUCGCAAGCGGGUGGUUGAUGAACGGGCGAAUUAUAGGCAUAAGCAGGUGAUGUUGGAAGCUUAUGGUGAACAGUGUGAUGUGGCUGCUAGAAUAUUCACACAAUAUCAUAAGCAUCUUUGUUCAUAUGUUAAUCAAGUAAAGGAUUCUCAGCGAGCAGAUGCCGAUUCUUCAGUUGCAGCAAUCACCGGUCUCCAUGUGAACAACGAAAAAGGCGCAGAUUAUUCAACUAUAAAAACCUUAAAACCUGUAGAUGAUGAAGUUCUUGAGACAAACAGGGAAAGGAAUAUCCGCAAGGCGUGUGAGUUACUUGCAGAACAAGCAAUUAAAAAGAUCCGCAAUUCUUUUCCUGCAUACAAAGGAUAUAGUAUCCAUUCGAACCCGCAAGUAGAAGCUUCCAAACUAAGCAUUGAUUUCAACGGGGAUAUACCUCAUGAAAUUCAACAUGUGAUUCUCGAUUGUCUUAAAUCCCCUCCUCAGUUACUUCUGGCCAUAACUGCUUACACUCAAAGGUUAAAACUUGUCGUUGUUAAGGAAAUAGAGAAAACUGACGCUCGAGCCGAUGCAGAUAUAUUGAGGUACAAGUAUGAGAAUAAUAGAUUAAUAGACGCUUCUCCCGAUUUAGGCUCACAAUUUCCACUUCAACUUUACGGUAAUGGUAAUAAUGGUCUCGACAUGCCUUCGAAAGGAACUCAAUAUCAACGUUUAGAAAGACAGAAAGCACAUGUUAAGCAAUUUGUGGCUACUGAGGAUCAGCUCAAUAAAGCGGCAGAGGCCAGAAAGGCGUGUCAAAAACUUUUGAAGCGUCUAACCGGGAGCAGUGAUGUGGGUCCGCCAUUUUUCUCGCAACACGUUAGCAGUCUUAGAGAGUUAGAGCUGGAGGUUUGGGCCAUGGAAAGAGAAGCUGCUGGAUUAAAAGCGAGUUUGACCACAUUGACCUGCGAAGUUCAACGUUUGAACAUGUUGCGUUUAGAGAGGAAAGAAGUCGAAGAUUCUUUGAAUAAAAAGUGGAAGAAAAUUGAAGAAUUUGAUGCUCGAAGAUUGGAGCUUAAGUCUGUCUACGACGCUCUUAUAAAAGCAAUCACCGACACCACUGCAUUUUGGAGUCAAAAACCCUUAUCUGCAAUGGAGGAUGCAUCAAAGACCAUCAUUCCAGCAUGUACACGUGUCGCCGACAUUGCAAACAGAACAAAAGAUCUUAUUCACAAAGAAGUAUCGGCUUUUUCGUGCGUUCCUGAUAAUAGACUUUACAUGCUUCCAUCAACUCCACAGGCACUCUUGGAGUCUUUGAAUCCCAAUAGUUGCACCGGACCUGAACAGGUUUCUGUCACAGAAAAGAAUGCUGACCUACUGACCGCUAGAGCCGGUUCAGGAGAUCCAUCCGCAAUUCCUUCCAUAUGUCGUGUUGCUUCUGCCCUUCAGUAUCCUGCAGGCUCAGAAGGCUCAGAAGCUAGCUUAGCGUCAGUGUUGGAAUCAAUGGAAUUUUGUCUGAAGUCGCGUGGUUCUGAAGCGAGUGUAUUGGAGGAGUUAUCAAAGGCUAUAAAUUUCGUCCAUACAGGAAGGGAUCUUGUUGAAAGCGGUCGUUCGUUACUAGAUCAUGCUUAUCAUUUUCAAAAAGAAUAUAACACGUCGACGAGUUACUGUUUAGAUUUGGCGUCUGAACAAGACGGGAUAAUUAUGAACCAGUGGUUGCCGGACCUCAAGAAAAGUAUUGAAAGUGGUGAGAAAUCAUUGAAUGAUUGCAAAUAUAUUGAAGGUUUGCUUGAUGAGUGGUGGGAACAACCAGCAUCAACGCUUGUUGAUUGGGUGACUUUGGAUGAUCAAAAUGUUGUAGCUUGGCAAAAUCAUGUGAAGCAACUUCUUGCAGCUUAUGAUAAGGAACUAUUUUGAUUAUAGCAUAUAUGAAAACUGUUUAUACAAGG